AUUGAGAGUUUAUAAUUUUCAUUAAUUUAGAUCAGUAUUAAUUGGACGUGUUUGUCACUUCAUCGGAGGUAGUAUUAUACUUAUAGAUAUAUUCUUAUUACGUGUUCUAGUAUGAAGUUUGGUAAAGUAUUAUUACUUGCAAGUCUAGUGGUUACUGGAGCUCAUGCUGCUGCCGCAGUAGUGGAUGCAGCAGUAGUGGAUACUUCAGCUACCAGUAAUUCAAUUAAUUCAAUUAAACUCAAGUCUGAUGAUGAAGUUGGAUCAACAAAUAUCGAAUUAUCUGAAUCAUCAAAUUCAAAAUCUGAAUCUAGAAUUGGAGUUAAAAAGAUUGAACCAGAAGAUAAUCAUCCAACUCCAAGUCAUGAAAAACAACCAUUAAAUCCUUAUAAACAAUCAAAUUCAGAAGAUGAAGAAGAACCAAGUUCUUAUAAUUCAUUCAUUAUGUCUGUAUCAAUGAUUAUUGUAUCUGAAAUUGGUGAUAAAACUUUCUUAAUUGCUGCAUUAAUGGCUAUGAGAAAUUCAAGAUUUAUUGUAUUUUCAGCUGCAUUUAGUGCAUUAGUUGUAAUGACUAUAUUAUCUGGUGUUGUAGGUCAUGCAUUACCAACAUUAAUUUCAAGAAGAAUUACUCAAUUCUUAGCUGCAAUUUUAUUCCUUGUAUUUGGUGGUAAAUUAUUAAAUGAAGGAUUAAAUAUGUCAAAGGAUUUAGGAGUUGAAGAAGAAUUGGCUGAAGUAGAAGAAGAAAUUGCUAUGAGUAAAAUUAAUAGUCAAAUGAAUGAUAUUGAAGCUGGUCAACAAGGUACUUCUCAAACUACUACUCCUGUUACUAAAGAAUGGUAUUCUGACUUUUUAACUAAUUUUGAAAAUUUAGCAGAAUUUGUAUUAUCACCAGUUUGGAUUCAAGUAUUUGUUAUGACAUUCCUUGGUGAAUGGGGUGAUAGAUCUCAAAUUGCAACCAUUGCAAUGGCAGCCGGAUCUGAUUAUUGGUUUGUUAUUUUAGGGGCUAUUAUUGGUCAUGGAGUUUGUACUGCUGCUGCAUGUAUUGGAGGUAAAUUAUUAGCUAAAAAGAUUUCAAUGAGAAAUGUAACUUUAGGUGGAGCUAUUGCAUUCUUUGUUUUCUCAAUUUUAUACUUUUACAAUGCUUAUUAUGAUCUUGAAGGUUAAAUUUCUAAAUUAUGUAUAUACAUUGUAAAUUAGACAUUACA